ACUCUCUCUUUUCACACUAAAGCAAUGCAUACCAAAACUUUUCUUUCUUCAUGCAUCCUACUUGUUCUUUUGUUCUCACUUUCAUCUUUCAAUGUUGUUGUGGCUAGAAAUGGAGACAAAUCCGGGAACCCAUUUACGCCAAAAGGUUAUCUGAUUAGAUACUGGAGUAAACAUGUGUCAAAUGACUUACCAAAGCCAUGGUUCCUUCUCAACAAGGCAUCUCCAUUGAGUGCUGCUCAAUAUGCAACUUACUCAAAACUUGUUACUGAUCAAAAUGCACUGACCACACAACUUCAAUCCUUUUGCUCUUCAGCAAAUCUCAUGUGCGCACCAGAUUUGUCACCAAGUCUCGAAAAACACACAGGAGAUAUCCACUUUGCCUCUUACGGUGACAAGAACUUUACCAAUUACGGCACCAAAGAAUCUGGUGUCGGAUUCAACUCCUUCAAGAACUAUUCUGAUGAAGGAAAUUUCCCUGUGAAUUCUUUCAGGCGCUACAGUAGAGAUUCUCCCCAUGAUAAUCAAUUUGACAACUAUGCCCCUGAUGGCAAUGUACCUGACCAAAGUUUCAACAGCUAUAGCAAAAAUACUCCAGGGGGCUCUGGCCAAUUCAAUAAUUACGACCCAAAUAGCAAUGUUGCCAAUAUGGGGUUCAAUUCCUAUGCUGACAAUGGAGCUGGUUCGGUCCAAAAAUUCACAAAUUACGCCCCAAGUGGGUCUAAUAUCCCUAAUAUGCACUUCACUUCUUAUUCCGACCACGGAACGGGAGGGGAAGAAGAAUUCAAAUCCUACUCAGACGAUGCAAAUGGUGGAGUCCAAUCUUUCAAAAACUAUGGCAAAGAUGGGAAUGGUCCUAAUGGUAAAUUCAUCGAGUAUGGAAACAAAGCCAAUGAUCCUCAAAACAAUUUCAACAACUAUGGCGUUGAAGGUAAUGGUAUAUCUGAGACUUUUACUAACUACAGAGAUCAAUCAACUCUUGGCGAUGACAAGUUCACCGUCUAUGUUAAGGACGCAAAUGGUGGUGAAGCAAAUUUCACCAACUAUGGUCAAUCUACCGAUGAAUUUGAUAACGGUACUGAUGAAUUCACUACCUAUGGCGAAGGGGGUAAUGACCCACAUAUUAAUUUCAAAACUUACGGAGUUAACAACAACUUCAAAGGUUAUGUCAAAGACACUGCCACAUUUUCCAAUUACCGAAAGAAAACUCCCCAAGUUUCGGCUUCAUUGACCGGUGGCAAAAAGGUGAAUAACCGGUGGGUUGAGCCCGGAAAGUUUUUCCGGGAGAAGAUGUUGAAGAGUGGUACAAUCAUGCCUAUGCCAGAUAUUAAGGAUAAGAUGCCUAAAAGGUCAUUUUUGCCCCGGGUGAUUGCUGCGAAAUUACCCUUUUCUACCUCAAAGAUUGAUGAGCUGAAGAAAAUCUUCCAUGCCGCCAAUGAUUCUCAGGUGGCAAAGAUUAUCGGCGAUGCUCUCAGUGAAUGUGAAAGAGCACCGAGCGCCGGCGAGACGAAACGGUGUGCUAAGUCAGCUGAAGAUAUGAUUGAUUUCGCAACAUCAGUAUUGGGUCGAAAUGUGGUGGUUCGAACGACUGAGAAUACAAAAGGAUCAAAUGGGAAUAUCAUGAUAGGAGCAGUCAAAGGAAUCAACGGUGGAAAAGUUACAAAAUCAGUAUCAUGUCACCAGACCUUGUUCCCUUACUUACUGUAUUACUGUCAUUCGGUUCCUAAAGUCCGGGUCUAUGAAGCGGAUAUUUUGGACCCGAAUUCAAAGGCUAAUAUCAAUCACGGUGUUGCCAUUUGCCACGUGGAUACUUCUUUAUGGGGACCCAAGCACGGAGCCUUCAUUGCACUCGGGUCGGGACCCGGGAAAAUAGAGGUUUGUCACUGGAUCUUUGAGAAUGACAUGACUUGGGCAACUGCAGAUUGAGCCAAGGAGUAAAACUUGGUUUUAAUAAAUAUUCAAAGUUUCUAUUGUUCUCUCUAUAUUUGGGCAAAGUAAUGUAGCCCCUAUGUUCACUUUUAUUCAUCCACAAAGGAUUUUGCACUCUUUGUAAGAAAUAAAUAAAAUAAAUAA